GCUUGCUUGUCUGGCAUUUGGUGUGUAUAGUUCGGAGAGGUUCUUUAGUAUGCGCAUCACGUGCUGUGACAGAAACAUAAGUGAAGUGGGUUUCACUCGACCGACUUGCUGGUCAAUCGCAUGAUUCGCGGUAAGCAUGAUCUAUGAUAGUGGCCAUUCAGACUGGCUUGCUCACAAUAAGCUGGGCCCUUGCCGAUCACAUACCGUACCUAGCAUCUGUAAGAAAAUUCUUUGACUGCAAUGUACAGAGCGGCUUAUCUCGAGACGAAUCACUACAGAACACAGACACGUGCGUCCGUUGUCAUCACAACUUUCAAUUCCUACUCGUCUCAAUGUCUGAGCUAUCACCCACCUCUUCUUCAACUUCUCUCUCUCGAAAAAUUGUAUACGAUUCCUGGUUCAACAUGUCCCGCCUGAACGCUCGAGAUUCCUGGGAGCCUCCCCACGUAGAGGACACAGACUUCUCGUGGAACGUAGAGGCCGGCUACCCUGACACAUUGAUGUCCAUGGUAAGUCACCUUUGCUCCAUAAUGUACAACAGCCCCGCUGAGCUAAUAUUUGCUGGUCGCUAACGAAAUACGGAUGACGGGAAGCGCAGACAUGGAGUUGCAUCAUGACCUCCAAAGAGAAGGAGCGGUAAAACGCAUCGAUGGUAUUGCAUCUGAAACGAGCUUUCUGAUCGAUGGAAGAGCUAGAAUGAACUCGGAUGUUUGAGGCGGGCAUCUCAUGGAAGUCGAGACUAUAACUACAUUGUCACUGCAGCUGCAGUGAAGUAGCAGUA